AUGACGUCUGAAAGCUCCUCGAUGGUGGGUACGCUCGUUUCCAAGAGCAUUAUGGUCGGAACCAUGGCUAUGGACUGGUUUUUGCAGCUUUCUUUGGCGCAACAAGCAUCCAUCGUGAUAAUCGCUCCUUUCAUAUACGUGGCGGUAUGGCAGUUGUACUUUGCGAUGCGCAAAGACCGGGUGCCAAUGGUGUUCUACUGGGUUCCGUGGGUCGGUAGUGCGGUCGCUUACGGGAUGAGACCUUAUGAGUUUUUCGCCGAGUGUCAACAAAAGUACGGCGACGUGUUUUCUUUCAUGCUGCUGGGCCGCGUCAUGACCGUGUAUUUGGGACCCAAGGGUCAUGAGUUUGUGCUGAACGCUAAGCUUGCCGACGUUUCCGCUGAAGCCGCUUACACGCAUUUGACAACACCUGUCUUCGGCAAAGGUGUCAUCUACGACUGUCCUAACAAUAAGCUAAUGGAACAAAAAAAGUUUGUCAAGGGCGCUCUGAGCAAGGAAUCGUUCCGCUCAUACGUGCCUCAGAUCGCGGACGAAAUCUUCCAAUAUUUUCGCAACUCUAAAAACUUUGACAUGAAUUCCAAGAGUGAUGGUAGCAUCAAUGUCAUGGAGACUCAGCCCGAAUUGACCAUUUUCACCGCAUCCCGCUCUUUGCUAGGAAAAGAAAUGCGCGAGAUGUUGAACUCUGACUUCGCGUACCUAUACUCAGACCUGGAUAAGGGUUUCCAACCCAUCAACUUCGUAUUCUCCCACUUGCCAUUGGAACACUACCGCAAACGUGAUCAUGCACAAAGAACCAUCAGCAGUACUUACAUGAAAUUAAUCAAACAAAGAAGAGCUGACAAGGACAUCCAGGAUAGAGAUUUGAUUGAUUCCCUGUUGAAAAACUCUACUUACAAAGAUGGUACCUCAAUGACCGACCAAGAAAUCGCAAAUUUGUUGAUUGGUGUUCUCAUGGGUGGACAACAUACUUCUGCUGCCACAUCGGCUUGGUUGUUACUACACUUGGCUGAAAAACCAGACCUUCAAGAUGAAUUAUACCAGGAACAAAUGGAAAUUUUGAACAAUGGUAAAGAAGAAUUGACUUAUGACCUAUUACAGAAAAUGCCAUUGUUGAACCAAACUAUUAAGGAGACUUUGAGAUUGCAUCACCCAUUGCAUUCCCUAUUCCGCAAAGUCUCAAGAGAUUUAGCUGUCCCAAACACUCCCUAUGUGAUUCCAAAGGGUCACUACGUUCUCGUAUCACCAGGUUACUGUCAUUUGCAAGACGAGUUUUUCCCCAAGGCCAGUGUGUUUGAUCCUCAUAGGUGGGAUAACGAUUACCAAUCAUCUUACGCUACUGGUGAAGAAGUGGACUACGGGUUCGGAGCUAUCUCGAAGGGUGUCUCUUCUCCAUAUUUACCAUUUGGUGGUGGUAGACACAGAUGCAUUGGCGAACACUUUGCGUAUUGCCAAUUGGGUGUUAUCCUUUCGGUUUACGUCAGAACCAUGAAGUGGAAGUUUACCCCAAAGAUGAAUGGAGUUCCCAACCCAGAUUUUCAAAGUAUGGUUACUCUCCCACAAACACCUGCGGAAGUUCAAUGGGAAAAGAGAAACCCAGAACAGAAAGUAUGA